AUGUCUAGCCUGUGGUUUAAGUAGCGUAAAUAAAAAAGUGUGUAAUUUGAGGUUUUCGUAUUUGCAGCCGCUAUUUGCACCCUAGAUUUAACUUAUAAAUUCUAGAAAUUUGUCUUAUUCAUUAUGAUUUAAGUAAUAUUUGACUUACGUUGCCAAAAGCUUGAUAAAAUUAUUUCCUUAGAUAUAACAUCGAUAAACGAAUUUUUGCAAGUUUUUAGUUUUUUAGGAGAACAGUGAGACCUCUUUAGUAGUGGUUUUUGACAUUAUUUAAGGUUAUUAUCGACCUGUCAAGAGGACAUUUUUUCGUCAAGCUGUCUUCACAAUUUUGCAAAAUAGGAGACGAAAAUCCAUUUAAGUUCUCAAACUUCUUGUCAAAUCUACCACCGAUCGGUGGUAGAGCAAUGCCGCGAUGCAGUAAACGCACGCGGGGUGCAGCAGCCGAUUUGCUGCCAGGUACAACGUCUCUUGAAGACCACCAUCACCACAAAAGGUCAAGGAACACAAGUUCUCGACGACAUUCCAAAACUGAAGAUAUAAGUUUUAGUCCUAAAAAAUGUUUAGUCUGGUUUAAAGAAUAUACCACAAUUGCAGAACCAGAUGUAUUAGGGCCUGAGGGUAUGGAAAAAUUUUGUGAAGAUUUAGGAGUGGAUCCAGAAAAUGUGGUAAUGUUGGUCAUUGCAUAUAAAAUGGGAGCUAAACAAAUGGGUUAUUUCACACAGGAAGAGUGGUUAAAAGGUUUAACAGAUCUUCAAUGCGACAGCAUACUCAAAUUGCAGAGCAAAUUAGACCAUCUUCGAACUUUACUCAAUGAUCCAUAUGUCUUCAAAUCAAUAUAUAGAUAUUCUUAUGAUUUUGCAAGGGAUAAAGACCAACGUUCCCUAGACACGAGUACGGCUCGUGCACUAUUAGGAGUACUUCUACCGCGUUGGCCUCUUCGCCUACCCCUCGCGGAGUUUCUGACUCACGGACGGCGGUACCGGGUCGUCAACCGGGACCAGUGGUGUAAUAUACUCGAGUUCAGCCGCACUGUUGACACGCACCUUACUGCUUAUGAUGCGGAUGGAGCUUGGCCUGUAAUGUUAGAUGAAUUUGUGGAAUGGCUGAGAGCAGAACGUGGAGACGCAGCUAUGCACGCCAGCUGAGACCUCACUGAGAUGGGAUUGGGUGAGGCUUGCACUAAGAUGGUUCAUUGUGGGCCUGCCUUAUAGAUUUAAGUGUCAUGUAUAUUGUUUAUCUAUGUAUAUUAUGUUCUACACAUACCCUAC